GAAAAAGUAGCAAAUGGGUAAUCACCGCCUUUGAUCAAGAAAGAAAAAAGAAAAAAGAAAAAAAUCAGACUAACUGAUCAAAAUUUCACAGGCCCAGACAUUCUCACCCUCUGCAAAUUCUGAAGAAAUCAAAUCCAAUACAAAUGGAGUUCCCCUUUGGCCACCAGCACAGACACCACCACCACCACCAUCACCAAAGAGAUGAUGAAGAAGAAAAUCGAGAAAGACCCUCAUACCCGCCACCUGCUUGUCAAGAACCCCCAUUUGGAGCACCACCAUCCGAUCCACCACCAUCGUACUUCCAAGAACCACGAUUUGGAGCUCCACCGCCUCCUCCACCAUCUUAUUACCAAGAAACAGAAUUUGUUCCUCCACCACUACCACCACCAACACACGUGUACCAUAGUAGUGAUCGCCCGGAAGAAUUUGCAUCAGUCAACUACCACCCACCGGCACCGACGCCCGUUACCCAUGUGGCUCACGAAGUGAAUGAAGGGAGAGUUGAGUCGAUGGAGAGCCACCAUUCUUAUAGGCCCCAUUUGCCGUCUUUCCUUCACCAUCAGUCCCAUUCUGGCUCUGGGUCUGGGUCUGAUCUCUCCAAGAAACCCACUAUGAAAGUCUACUGCAAGGCUGAGCCUAAUUUUUCUCUCACUCUCAGAGAUGGCAAGGUGAUCCUUGCCCGAUCAAAUCCAGAUGAUGCAUUCCAGCACUGGUACAAAGACGAGAAGUACAGCACAAGAGUCAAAGAUGAAGAGGGUUUCCCUUGCUUUGCUUUGGUUAAUAAAGCUACUGGUCAAGCCCUGAAGCACUCGGUUGGAGAUACUCACCCUGUGCAGCUAAUACCUUACAACGCAGAUGUUCUUGAUGAGUCUAUACUAUGGACUGAGAGCAAGGAUGUGGGUGCUGGUUACAGAGCUGUCAGAAUGGUUAAUAACAUUCGUCUGAAUGUGGAUGCUUUUCAUGGUGAUGAGAAAUCUGGUGGUGUCCAUGAUGGUACCACUAUUGUGCUCUGGCAAUGGAACAAGGGAGAUAACCAACUGUGGAAGAUUGUUCCCUACUGUAAGUUUCUUGAAAAACAAAGUCCAUCACAAUAGAAUUCGUAUGGAACUUCUUGCUAUCUGUACUCCCAUCUCUUGAAUCUUUAGGAAUUUAGCUAACCAAUCGUUCUUAAAAAACUCUCUACAACCAAUGCACCACAUGCUUGAAGAGAUUUGCAUUUUUAUUUUCUGUUUCAAACAUUUGAGAAAUCCUUGUUAAGUGUUUUGAUGGUGAUAAAUGCAGGAUAUAUAUGAGACAUGUUGCAGGAUCGAGAAGCUGCAUUAUGCUUUGCCUAAAUAUAUAAUCUGGAGAGAUCACCCUGUGUUAUCUUAUAGUGUUUGUGAUAUAUUUUGUUUCUUUAGUGUGAAAAUAUUUGUGUCAAGGCCAGCUAUUAGUCUCCUAUGGCUGUCAUUAUAUCGGUCAACUUGCUAUGUAUCAAUGUUAUUAUUUCAGUGUGUGGAGAAAACAAACGCCUAAUUCAGAGAUCCUGUAAUAUCGGUUACUGUCAUCGUUUGCUUGGUAAUCUAUUAGAAAUAUGACAUUAGUAUGUAGUUAUGUACAUAGUUUCCUUUUCAUUCAGAUUCCCCUUUUCACAUCUGCAUUUGAUCUGAAACUCAUGAAGAGUGGUGGGCCAUAGCUUUUUAU